AUUUAACAUAACAUAACUUACCUAAAGUGAUACCUUAUACAGUACAAGACGUCAUACCCAGGUAGCUCUUGCGCACUAGGUGAUUACCAACAUAAGUCACAGAGAAUUUUCGAAGACCAUCACACGAUAUCCUAUACCUUAAACGUUCGUGAAGUCUUCUUGACUAACCCGAGUUCUUUCGUUGUCUACUUUACAAACGAUCCAUCAAAUUGGCAUGGCAUCUACAUCGAGUCUACAUGUUAGCCAGCUCUUCAAUAUCAAGGACUAUGUCGCCGUCAUUGCUGGAGGUGGUACUGGCAUUGGGCUGAUGGCUGCUCAAGUCAUGGCUGCCAAUGGAGCUAGAGUCUACAUUACUGGUCGCCGCUCCGAGGUGCUGGAAAAUUCAGUCAAGGAGCAUCAGCCCGCACAAGGCGGCAAAAUCAUAUCCGCUGGACCAUGUGAUGUGACCAAGAAAGAAGAUCUCGAGAAGCUUUACGAGGAGAUCUCGCGCAAGGAGAAGUAUAUUAAUCUGCUCGUGUGCGCAUCGGGUAUAUCUGGCGAUAAAGCUCAACCAGAUACCGACGUCGCAUCAGACCUCAAAGCAAAGCUUUGGAACAACGAAUCUUUCGAGACCUGGAACAGUGUAUAUUCCACAGAUGUUACUGCUGUCUAUUUCACCACUGUCGCUUUUCUCCCACUCUUACAAGCUGGCUCUGAUUCACACGGCCACCUGUCUGCAUCCGUCAUCGUGAUAUCGAGCAUGAGCGGUAUCAUGCGGCAUGCGCAAGGCCAUUUCUCGUACAACGCUGCAAAAGGAGGGACAGUACAAUUGACCAAGCUGAUGAGCGCGGAGUUCCAGAAGGCCCGUAUACGGGUCAACAGCAUCGCGCCUGGAUACUUCCCGAGUGAGAUGACCAUGAAGGAGAGCGACGAGCGGAACAAGGUUGAUAUGCCUGACGAUCAUGUACAAGACAAGGGCCAUGUUCCAGCGGACAGAUCUGGCACUGAUGAAGAGAUGGCUAUGGCUGUGAUAUUUUUGGCGAAAAAUGCGUAUGUAAAUGGCGAGAUCCUCACGGUAGACGGUGGGGUCUUGAAUGUCGUAGGAGGUCGGUAGCGCUAGUGUAGAAAUAUCUUAUAGACUCACAUGUUGAGAUACCAAUAGAUAAAGGCCGAAACGCGUCCCUGGGAAAGAAACCCAUGCACCAUUUCCAAAAG